AUGGCCUCAAUCCUAAGGCAAAUCACCAAAACCUUACGCACAUCCUCCAAUCGAAAUGUUGUUGCUUGUAACUUUGCCAGAUUCCAAAGCACCGAAACAUCGAGUGCCCAGGCUCCAGUAGAAACGCGUCCUACUGUAAGAAAAAGUGACCCUAUGCAAAGAACCCAGCUGAAAGAUUUUGGAAAGUACGUAGCAGAUUGCCUCCCAAAGUUUAUACAAAAAGUCCAGCUCACUGCUGGAAACGAAUUAGAACUCCUUAUUGCUCCUGAAGGCGUCUUGCCUGUAUUGCAAUUCUUAAAAGACCAUCACAAUUGCCAGUUUGAAAAUUUGGCCGAUAUAGCUGGUAUGGAUGUACCCUCAAGGCCCAACAGAUUCGAGGUCAUCUACAAUAUUUUAUCAUUACGUUUCAACUCCAGAAUCCGUGUUAAAACUUACACCGAUGAACUAACACCAAUUGAGUCUUGCAAUAACAUCUACAAAGCAGCCAAUUGGUACGAAAGAGAAAUUUGGGACAUGUACGGAGUAUUCUUUGCUAAUCAUCCAGAUUUGAGGAGGAUUCUAACUGAUUAUGGAUUCGAAGGGCAUCCGUUUAGAAAGGACUUUCCACUUAGUGGUUAUGUUGAGGUAAGGUAUGAUGAUGAAAAGAAACGUGUCGUGGUCGAACCAUUGGAAUUGGCACAAGAGUUUAGGAAAUUUGAGUUGGCAGCACCCUGGGAACAGUUUCCCAAGUUUAGACCCGCUUUGGCUAGCGUUGAAGAAGUCAAAACUGAUAAAAAAGAAUAA